AUCAAUCUUCUUCAGUUCUUAUCUGCUUUUUUCAGUUUUAUGUUCAGUAUGCGUCUGGGUUUUCAUGGCUUUUUUGUUUGCUUUUCACGCAUAGGUAUGUUUAGAUUGAGAAGAAUGGAAGAAGAGAGGGAAGUGAACUUUUAAUUUGAAAUUUUCUUUUGCUAGAGAAUGGUUACCAAAGUUUAAAUCGAGGGAAUAUUGAACAUUGAAAAUCGAGGUAAUAUUGAACAUUGAAGUCCCAUUCUUAUCAAUCUAAACAUACUCUUAGCAUGUCGGUCUUCGUUUCCUCUGUUUGAUUUGUUGCAUUUUUGUAGUGAAGUAUUGGAGGAUCAUAGGUGUUUCUAUGGAUAUAGAUACUUGAAGAACUUACAUUCGAUGAAGUGCUUUUACUAUUUCAAAGAUAAAUACAAGAGCAGAGGACAAAGAUCAGCACCUGUGCUAAAAGAGCAAGAGAAAUCCCAGUUUUCAGGAGCUGAUAGAAUCACCAAAUCUGCAUGUUCUACAGCCUCCACUCGUAGUAUACCAGAAUUGUACGAGGAAAGGGCUCAUAAUUUGCAGGUUUUCUCUUUCACGGAGCUCAGGCGCGCAACAAAUGAUUUCAAUAAACUUUUUAAGAUAGGGGAGGGUGGAUUUGGGAGUGUAUAUAAAGGUUCAAUUCAGCCACUGGAUGGAAAAGGAGAUCCUAUUUUAGUUGCCAUCAAAAGGCUGAACAAGGAUGGCUUACAGGGCCAUAAACAAUGGUUGGCUGAAGUUCAGUUUCUUGGUGUUGUGGAGCACCCAAAUCUUGUCAAACUCAUUGGAUAUUGUGCGGUGGAUGGCGAACGAGGGAUUCAAAGACUACUUGUAUAUGAAUAUAUGCCAAAUAAAAGCUUAGAGCAUCAUCUUUUUCAUAGGGCAUAUGAUCCCCUUGCUUGGAGAACAAGACUUGAAAUACUACUUGGAGCAGCUCAAGGCUUAGCUUAUUUGCAUGAAGAAUUAGAAGUUCAGGUAAUAUAUCGAGAUUUUAAAUCUUCAAACGUGUUAUUGGAUGAAAACUUCAAGCCAAAACUUUCUGAUUUUGGACUUGCUAGAGAGGGCCCAAUCGCUGGCAAUACACACGUUUCAACUGCGGUGGUCGGUACAUUUGGGUAUGCUGCUCCAGAUUAUGUUGAGACAGGCCAUCUCACUACGAAGAGUGAUGUGUGGAGUUUUGGUGUGGUUCUGUAUGAAGUUCUCACAGGCAGGCGUUCACUGGAGCGAAACCGGCCGAAAAUGGAGCAGAAACUGUUGGAGUGGGUGAAACACUAUCCUGCUGAUAGCAAAAAUUCAUUGGAUCCACGACUCGAAGGGCAAUAUUCUCUCAAUGCAGCGCGUAAAGUUGCCAAGCUUGCUGAUAGCUGCCUUAGCAAGAGUGCAAAAGAGAGGCCAACAAUGAGCCAGGUGGUAGAGAGAUUGAAGCAGAUAAUCCAAGCUUCAGAUGAAGGAAAUGUUUCAGAGACAAGCUUCGAGGUAUCUGAAGUUGACCCGCCUGACCCUGUAGAAAAACCAGAUGAAUAUGGACCUUCAGAAUUGUAUAAGAAGAGGAUGGCUCAUCUUGCAAAGCUUGGUGAACAUGUUGAGAGUGGUAGUAGAAGAAGAUUAAUGAUCCUGCAGAAGGCUAAAGUCUUUUGAAAAGUUUCAUUACUAGCAGUAUUGCAUUUUGUCAGUCCUGAGGUAAAUUGAUUAAUUCUUGGAGGAUGAUGGAGAUCAAGAAGAAAAGGUUUGUAUAGAAUGGUUAAUAUGCUGUAAUUUCUAUUGAGUGGCCUCUUAUGUUGCAGUUUUAGUAGCUGAUAGUCCCAGUUAAACAUUAUUUGUAUAGUUCGCAUGGUAAAUGAUUCCAGGCGGCAUUAUUGUUCUUUCCUUUUUUUAAUACUUUUUUCUUCUUUUCCUCAAAUGCAUUUUUUUCCUUCCUUCCUUCCUUUCUUUGUUCAUUUCCUCAAAUGUACGUAUUUGUUAUUCAGCACUGUGUCAUGUUUAAACAUUGUCGGUUCUAAUUAGUAGUUACCCUCCCAACUUAA